CUUUUUGCGCAAUUCUCUGUCACUUUGUCCAUUCACCGCUUUGUGUUAUUGACGACAUUUAUCCAGAGGAGGAGGUAUAAUGUUAUCUUACAUUAACCUUUGCAUUCCAAGAUCAAACGUGACUGCGUGUUGAAGCCAACGCAAAAUUAUCCAGCAAAUGCGCGGAAAAGGUCCAUUUGAAACGUCAUUGUGAGGGGCUCGGUUAUUGAUUUGUUUUCCUGCUUUCGCUGGACUUCAGGUCGCAGUCACCGCAGCGAUGGGCAUUUGUUUAGUUUUGGGCACUCUGGGUGCUGCUCUUGCGGGUCUCGUCCUUGCAGCUUAUAAACUUGGCUUACUUUAUCAGCUGUUUCAUAAGACAGAGACAAAGAGCCCACGACAUGGAGGAGAGAGCGUGGCAGAGGUUCUACGGGCUCACGGGGUCAAAUUCGUUUUCACGUUGGUGGGUGGACACAUCUCGCCCAUCCUGGUGGCCUGCGAGAAACUGGGCAUCCGCAUUGUUGACACACGGCACGAGGCCACAGCUGUGUUUGCAGCCGACGCCGUGGCAAGACUUUCUGGCACAGUGGGUGUGGCUGCAGUUACGGCAGGACCCGGGCUUACUAACACGGUCACUGCGGUGAAGAACGCUCAGAUGGCCGAAUCACCGCUGCUUCUUAUCGGUGGUGCAGCUGGGACUCUCCUGCAGGGUAGAGGUGCACUGCAGGAUAUUGACCAGAUGUCCCUCUUCAAGCCGCUGUGUAAGUUUUGUGCUUCAAUAAGAACCGUGAGAGAAAUUGUUCCUACUGUAAGAAAAGCAUUAAGCAUCGCACAGUCUGGCACACCAGGCCCUGUGUUUAUUGAGUUCCCCAUAGACACGCUUUACCCUUACCAUGUGGUGGAAAAAGAGUUUGCCCCUAAAAACACUCCUAAAGGACUAAUGGGGAAAAUCAUAGCAUGGUAUCUUAAGAAUCACUUAUGUAACUUAUUCGCUGGAGCAUGGGAAAGCCGUGAUCUGUCUCCGCUUCCUGUUCACAUCCCUCAGGCCACAGAGGAUCAGAUCCAAAAAUGUGUGGAACUGGUGAGCAGAGCCAAGAAACCUGUUAUACUGUUGGGCAGCCAGGCAACCUUACCACCUACACCUGUGGAUGAUAUCAGAAAGGCCUUAGAGUCUUUAGGUAUUCCUUGCUUUUUGGGUGGGAUGUCCCGAGGCAUGCUGGGUAAGAACAGUCCACUGCACAUCAGACAAAACAGAAGAGAUGCCCUGAAGGAUGCUGACCUUGUGCUGCUGGCAGGCACAGUUUGUGACUUCAGACUGAGUUAUGGAAGAGUGCUGAACAGACGGAGUAAAAUCAUCGCAGUCAACAGAGACAAAAGUCAGCUGCUGAAGAACUCAGACAUGUUCUGGAAACCAACGGUGGCCGUUCAAGGCGAUGCUGGCUCUUUCCUCCUGCGUCUCUCCAAAGCCCUAAAGGGACACAAAUGCCCAGAGGAAUGGCCUCAAAGCCUGAAAGAAGGAGACAACAUUAAAGAAAAGGCUAACAGAGCUAAAGCAGAUGAGAAGACCGAGAGGCAUCUAAACCCUCUUAAUGUUCUGCACCGGGUAGAUGAGCUGUUGAACGAGGACAGUAUCAUAGUGACAGAUGGGGGAGAUUUCGUCGGUAGUGCUGCUUAUAUCAUGAGGCCGCGAGGUCCCUUGCGAUGGCUGGACCCAGGUGCUUUUGGGACUCUGGGUGUUGGAGGAGGGUUUGCUCUGGGAGCGAAGCUUUGUCGACCUGACUCUGAGGUAUGGAUCGUAUACGGCGAUGGUUCUCUGGGAUACAGCGUUGCUGAAUUCGAUACCUUUACACGGCACAAGACCCCAGUGAUAGCUCUGGUGGGAAAUGAUGCCUGCUGGAGUCAGAUCUCCAGAGAACAAGUGCCUAUGCUCGGGAGCAAUGUAGCCUGUGGUCUUGCCUUCACAGAUUAUCAUAUAGUAGCCGAUGGUUAUGGGGGCAAGGGUUACCUGGUUGGGCGAGAGGAUGAUUCGCAGCUUGAUGACAUCAUUAAAAAAGCCCAGAAGGAGUGCAGAGAGGGAAAAGCCACUUUGCUAAAUGUUUUGAUUGGGAAAACCAACUUCAGGGAAGGCUCUAUUUCAGUUUAGACGGAGACACUGUGCACGAUCCUGUCUAGAAACCCAAAGUUUUAACGUUUUACUUUCUAAAUACGAUAUGCGGUACACCCUUUACUAAAUUUACAGAUUCAUUUGGUUUGAAAAGAAGGAUAUAAGUGGUUGUAUAAACUGUUUGUGCAACAACAUACCAGAUGCAAUCUGUGCAAUACGUCUACUAUACUUCUUCAUAUGGUAGUUUUUUUAACGUUUUAAAGAUUUUCACAUUACUGUAAUAGGAAAAAUAAUGCUAUAUUUAAUUUGUAAAGUAUAUAUACUGUACGCUCUGGUAGUUUAUGUUGUCCUGCCUUUAAUUUAUGCUAAUUUUAAUUAUAUAAAUGACAAUUUUUUUUUUUAUUCUGACUCCUUACAGUCCUAAGAAUAUACAGAAGUAUGGCAUAAUGUUAACAGUGCCAACACCAGCCUUAAAUUUACUUAAAAAAAUACUAUGAUGUAUCUAGGACGUGUUUCAUAAAAUUCACCCAACUACUCAAGGAUCAAGAGUGCCUUUGCUUUGUCCAGACUAAUGUGAUACUUUGAAAGAGCAGAGAUGUAGUGGUCCAUUCAAUUUCAUUUCAUUAUUUUCAAAGCACGUGAAUAUUUUACUUGAAUUACAUAUUGUUAUUGAAACUGAAGGAUUGAUCCCUGUGUUAGUGUGACUGCUUGUGUGAUAUGCAAUAGUGUUAAAUCUCCUGCUUCAUUCACCUGUGUGCCUGUCAUUACUGAAUGUUAAACUGAUCUUAUUAACAAAGUCAACUGUUUGGUAAAACUUUUGAGACUUUGCAUCUGUAGUUAUCUGGACAGUAAUGUCUCACUAUUGAUUGAAUCAAAUGAAUCUUCCUAUUAAAGUCUAAGAAAAUAAGUUUAAACCAAAGUACAAUACUGUAUAUUUAGAAAUAUAGUCCUGUAUUUUGAGUUUUUCCGAAGUUUGACAGCUGGAUAUACCACAAUGAUUCACAGAAAUAUUUGCAUAUGGUUACAUGAUUUAUCAGGAUAUAUUGAUUGUAAUAAAAUCAUGAAAACUG